AUGGCAUCCAGCUCAGCUCCUCUGCAAGAAUGGCUCGUCAUCGUCCCAGACUUCAAAGGUGCACUGGACAAGCGCCUAGGAGCUAGGCCCAAGCAUCUGGAAGGUCUGAAGAGUGAUAGGGAUGAUAUGUGGUUAUGGGGAGGUGCUAUGCUCGAAGAGCCUAUCAAAGAAGGCGACUCUGGCCCGCCAAAGAUGAAGGGCAGUGCCAUGUUGAUUGGAGCCAAGACGAGGGAGGAAGUAGUGGAGAGGUUGAAGAAGGACGUGUACGUGCAAGAAGGUGUUUGGGAUGUUGAGAAGGUGGAGAUCAUUCCGUUCAAAAGCGCGCUCAGGAAGGCAUUGUAAGCAAAAGUAUGACAUCAAUCGAUAUGGAGAUGGCGUGAGAUGAUUACAUUGCUUACAUUGAGUAUUAAGUCUCAAAUAAUGCUCUGUUCUAGCAACUUGACAUGUUCAUUGUCCGUGCCAAAA